CUGGUCACACAGAGAUUGUGUAACCUCCAGACUCCCCAAGUAGUUUUGCGUUAACAASGCACUGUUGUAGUAGAGAGGAGGAACCUAACUGACCUUUAUGUCACAUGUCUGAUACCAACAAUCAGAGGACACAGCCCUACUGGACUGCCUUUCACUGAUAUGUGAAUGAAUUUAAAGUAGCUGUCUGGGCAGUUGGACAAACUAACACUGAUUUGGAUUUUAAAGCUGCUUGUGGACUUGGCUGAUUUUGGUUUUCACUGAAGGAUUCACCAUGGACGGAAGGAUGUAUCAACCAACCCUUAUCUCAUUGGUCGUAUUGCUCUUCACCCUGUCCAAUAUUGUCUAUGGGGGUAAAAUAUUAAUCUACCCAAUGGAUGGAAGCCACUGGGUCAACAUGAAAGUCAUCAUCGAAGAGUUGCAUUCCAAAGGCCAUGACAUCACAGUGCUGCGAGCGUCAAACAGCUGGUACAUCAAGGAGAAUUCCCCCCACUACACCACCAUUACCAUCCCCAACACUGGUGGCUUCGAUGAAAACUUCUUUGGUGAAUUUAUAUUAAGUAAACAUCUGAAGAUUCAAAGGGAGCAGGGGAAAAGUUUUUGGACCGAACUCAAGCUUCAGUCAUCAAUGAAGGAGACUUUUUUCGAGUUCCACAAGAACAUGGCUGAAAUGAUCACUCGUGUCCUUGAAGACGAAGAGUUGAUCCAGUCUCUUCAGGAUGCUAAGUUUGAUUUGGUUCUGACAGAUCCUGGGAUUGGUUCAGGGACGAUCUUGGCCCGCGUCCUCCACCUUCCUUUGGUUUACAAUGUCAGAUGGACCAUUCAAGGUGAAGCUCAUUUGGUCAUCGCCCCGUCGCCUCUCUCUUACGUCCCAUACACACCCACAGAGUUGACAGAUAAGAUGACCUUCCUCCAGAGAGUCACCAACAUGUUAGCUUACAUACUCGGGAGUUACACCUUGGCAUCUAUCACAGAACCCAACUACAAACCGAUAGUCCAGCGUUACUUUGGCGCUGACGUCGAUUACAACGCGUUCUUCCAGGAAGCAGAUAUCUGGCUCAUGAGAAGCGAUUUUGUCUUUGAAUUUCCGAAACCCACCAUGCCGAAUAUAGUCUACAUUGGUGGGUUCCAGUGUAAGCCCUCCAAGCCUCUUCCACAGGACCUGGAGGAGUUUGUUCAGAGUUCCAGAGAGCAUGGGGUUGUCAUGAUGACUCUGGGGACUUUGGUGGCAGAGCUUCCGGAAGAUAUCGCAGAUGAAAUCGCUGCUGCGUUCGCCCAGCUGCCUCAGAAGGUCAUCUGGAGGUAUACUGGACAGAKACCCUCUACCCUGGGUAACAACACCCUACUGGUGGACUGGCUUCCCCAGAAUGACCUCCUAGGACACCCCAAGAUCCGGGCCUUCGUAGCCCAUGGUGGAACCAACGGUGUCCAGGAGGCCAUCUACCACGGCGUCCCCGUAGUCGGCCUCCCUCUCGCCUUCGACCAGUCCGACAACCUCUCCAAAUUGAAGGAGAGGGGGGCAGCUAACACGGUGGAUAUCAUCACAAUGGACAGAAAUGUGUUCCUGGAGGCUUUGAAGGCUGUGCUCCAUGAACCAUCCUACMGGGAGAAUAUGCAGAGGUUGUCCAGACUGCACAGAGACCAACCCAUUAAGCCACUGGACAAGGCAGUGUUCUGGAUCGAGUUUGUUAUGAGACAUAAAGGAGCUCGUCACCUGAGGACAGAGUCCUAUAAGAUGUCCUGGAUAGUAUACCACUCGGUUGAUGUGAUAGCGACUUUGCUGGCGUGUGUGUUACUUGUAACGCUGGUUUGCCUGGCCGUCGUAAGAUGUGUUUGGCGUAAGGUGUUUUGCAGGAACAAAGUGAAAAGUGAAUGAUAAUGUGUUUUGAGAUGUGAAUAUUAAAAUAUUAUCUUAUCAUUGCUCAAUCAGCAAUUUAUCAAUAACAUUUACAUUUUAUUAAUAAAAUGUGUAUUUUAUCAAUAAAACAUUGUUUUAGGA